AUGGACUACAUCUAUGACUCGGACCCAGAGACGGCACCGCCGCCGGUGCCGGAGUCGGCCAUUGACUUUGUUCGGCUCCGAGAAUCCUACUGGAAGCUCUCUGAGGAGACACGGAAGGGUCUACUACUCGAGACGCGAGCGUCCGCUUUGGAACGUGUGUUUGGCAUUCUCGAGCUGCUGCCGCUUGAUAAGCCGUUGCUGUUGGGUGUUCAGAAUCAUCCUUUGGAUGUAGGAACUGGCGAGAGUGCUUUCUCUGUGCUUCAGUCCAGCCCUACUCAAAACCAGUUUGUAGAAGCCACCUCUAUUCCUACGACUCAGACUAUUGGAGAUCAGUCAUCAGAAACUGGUUCUUUAUAUGAGGAUGCCGUAAGUCACGUUCAGCCAACAUUUGUGUCUGCUUUAGAUAAGGAACUGCAACAAGUUCUUCCGCCUUUAGAAGACGCUUUUGACGAGCAGAAGCCGGAGAAAACAACCCAAACUCAAACAUCCGCCGAUAUCGGCCAUUCGGCCGGCUCGCCAAAUCAAUUCCGUAUACCUUCAAGCCCUCAACCUAUUCUACCCUCUGAACAGUCUCACGCGGAGCCGCCCGAGAGCGAACCCCAACAUCCACUUCCCCAGUCCUCCGACGUCUUUGCAAGACCAAGAAGUUUGCGUAGAAGAACCUUUGCUAGUGUCCAUCCUUACAUUGCAGAUCAGGCUGACUACCUCGAGAUCUGCUCCAUCGAGAGCAUUAAUGAGAUGUUCACUGCCGAGUCUGAUCUUUCCAGUGUAGUCAAAACACUCAACCACAUGUAUUUGCGGAAAAAGAAACGAUAUCCAGAUGAGGAUAGAUACAGAUCCGCCAACUUUUAUAGACACUUAGGCAGAUCUAAACUGUUGGCCCUAACAGGUGACCCUGAUGCCCAGCCAGAGAACCCUCACAUGAGUAGCAGUCAGGUUUCUGAUGCAAACUUUGAGGUGGAACCUGAAUCAGAGCCCAACCCUGUAUACCCGCUGACUGAUUUUAACAUUCCUCAAUCCCCGGAUAUAUUAUCUAGACUCGAUCCAGAUCUUUCCAGCAGUGAUGAUGAAGAACUCGGAUUAAGAUCUACUUCACGAAACGUCGUAUCUUCUCACUCGGAGUCUGGCUCUGACUCAGAAAAGCUGGCAGACGAAAGAAAUGAGUCGGAGCAAAUGAUUCGAAUCGGCGGCAGGUACAGAAAAUUAUCAAAGAUUCUAAAAGGAGUGUUGCCCGAAUCUGCAAGACGUUUGAGUAUUUUCAAACCGGACGCUCCUCGAAAAAAACGAAAGGCUAAGAGCCGUGAGAUCACACCUCGGAAAGGACUCGCACAAAAGAAGUUCGGAACUCGCUCUGGCCAGUCUGCAGAAUUGGAACAGGAGCUCAGGAAUUCUAUUGCAACAGAAGAACCAGAAAUUGAUGCUCUAGUGACGCCGUCGCGGACUCAACCUCGUUUAGUCGAUCUCGCCUCUAAACCGAGGGAGCCAUCUGUCUCGAGUGACCCAUCGCGAUGGCUUGACUCGGUAGACUAUUCUUCAUUUAGUGAAGAGUCCGAUGAAAAUGAUGAAUUCUCUAGAAGUGGCCUGCCCUCAUUCAAAUCAUCUUCGUUUGAAACUUCCUUGGAGUCCCCUCACCACGAUAGUAUUCAAAGGACCAAGUACAAAUCUCCUAAUGUGAAUAAAAUUCGGAGACUGAGUACAAGAGGCAAGAAUUCGCAUUCACCAGCAAAUCAUAAAAGAAACCCCCCUGUUAAGCGGAAGCGAGCUCCUACAUUAAUUAAGAGGAAUUUUCACCAGGCGAGACUCAACAUCAAAAGGAUUAGCCAGCCGAUCCGACCUCAGAAGCAUGCAAUUCCUGAAAAAAUUGCAGAUGCUUCCAAAAAGAAAAGGAAGCCUUCUCUGAACGAAGAUAAACACCACGGACGCUUCACAGAGUUGGAUUUUAGAAGAGAUCCCAACACAAGCACGUUCAUUUAUGAGAUUGAAAGCACUAAAAAAUUUGUUUCUGCGAAUCCUUCUUCUCGCCCUUUCAAUCAGAACAACUUUACUCCCACUAGAGAAGGCUUGUUCGCGGAGAACGGCUUUGAAUCCUCGAACCCUUUACUCAGUGCUUGCGACUUCACGAGGCCCAACUUUUUGCACGAAUCAGUAGAUUAUUUACCAGGGGAGGAUAGCGUGUCAAUUGUUUUGUCACACAGAAAUUUCACUUUUGGCUUGUACCUGUUGAACGACUCCAGAUCACGCUUAAUUACCGUCAUGAAAUUGCUAUUUUUGACUAUACAGAAGACUGACCAAGUUUUCAACGAAGAUCAUAUGAACGGCAUCUCUCGAGCCUUGAUCGGAUUGAUGAAGUGGCUCGUAAUUUCCCAAGAAAACCCUUCUCCUGACCUCUUCGCCACUCUAGGGCAAACACUAGGCUUAUUCUCCAAAUUUCAGAGAAGAGAAGUUAAUCGCCUCCAAAGUUCUAUUCAUAGUCAGCUUUUGUUUUUGUAUUGGCUACUUCUCAAACUUGAGGACCGCCAUUCUCCACAUUCAACAGAUGACUCCCACGCCAAAGACCUUGUGAAAUUUAGUGAAGAUUUUUGGAUCCGUUUCUUCCUGUCAUAUCUGGUAUAUGAUGUGAGAACAGCAAUGGAAAGCUCAAAGAGCAGCAACAUUUACAACGCAGUGUUGGUUUUGCGAACUAUUUAUCACUCGAAUGUAUCGGAAUGGUGGCUUUCCAUCAGUAACGCGAUAUCGGAAUUAGUCAUGAUAGACAAUUCUUCUGAUUUAAUUGACUUGGUAUACUUCCUCGCCUCAUUGAAACCAGCUACUAGCUUCAAUUGGUCUCCAUUUUUGGCACUUUUGAAAUCUCUUGGAGACUCGCUGGAUUCCAAUCCGUAUCACCACUAUAUCAAUGCUUGUGAAUCUGCGGCGCAAAGAUUGGGCUGGCCCCUUGAAGAAAGACUUUUUACGUCUUUCUUUCUUUCUUGUGCUCACAGAAAAUUUGCAAAUUUUGAAAAUGAGAGUGAUACUCCUGAAGUCAUUACCGAUGUUGUUAAAUCAGCGAGUGAAAUCUCAGACAAAACUGUUUUCGAUAGAUUCUUGGCUAUGGUGUUUCGAUACAUCUCGGACCUUGAUUCAGAACGUGAAGUGAAGAGGCUUAUUUCAAAAUUGCUACCCUCAAGCAAAUUUGUGUUCAAAAGCAGCCAUCGUUGCAGAACAAGUUUUGUGAAUCGUGUCAAUUUGGUUCUUCUCCUCAGCCUGAUUUCCACUAUCGACCUCAGUUUACAGAUCAGUAGUCUUGUUGAACUGAUCAUGGACUCUGGAGAUUGGAAAAUUGCUUCAAAAGCAUCCGAUGCCAUCGCAGCUUUUUGCAGAAUUCAAAUACUGAAGCAGAGGGAGGUUUCUGCUGGAAUGGCAGUUUUAAGUCUAAAAUUGUCGGUUGGAUCUUCCAAAGCCCGAGUGCUUGCUAAUAAAGCCAUCAAGCUAAUUAGUGAAGUGUGUCAGUCACUGCGAUCUCCAUUUGAGAACAUGAUUUUCUUGUUUCGAAUCUUUUCAAUGUCCAACAUCGACUCAAUUUCCUCUGAGGGCAAAACGAGGUUCUUAGGCUUGAUUGUACACGCAACUCAAAAUCUUGAGCUCUCGGAUAAUAUUAUAAGCGAAAGAAACACCAUCGAAGUCUUCCAAAAGAAUCUCAUGUCGUUUUUAUCCGUUCAAAUGAAUCGUGCAAAUUCAACUAAUCUAGAGCACUCCCGCUCAAUCAUCGAAAUGUGUAUUCAACUCUGGAACACAAGCGCAACAUUGUUGAAGAAUAGACAUUGGAACGUGAUGAUGUUUCAGAAGUACUCGUACAUGGGAAACGCAUAUCUGCGAGAAGAAUUCCUCUGUUUUUUUAUUCAGGAGUUUCUUCAUGGAAACGAGUCCACGCUCAGCUACGAUGUUGUGGUUUCCAUGGAUAAAUUCUUCCUCAAACCGUUCUGCGCUCCCACAGUCAGCACGUAUGUUCUCAAUUUGUUUUGUCUCUUAUCUCGCGACUCACGUUCCAUUUUCUCACUAGGAUCAAGCAACUUCGAAAAACAGACACUAUUUUCUUUACUGGCGAACAAACUACUGAUAAUUUCGGCUAUUUUGAAGAACCUCCCACACAGUUUGAAAGUUCCAUACGCAGAGAGGGAAGGUUUGGUAACACAUUUAUUUGAUUCACUUCUUGAAGAGUAUAGAAUCCACUCAUUGCUACCAGGAUAUGCAGAAUUUUGCAAGAAAGUCUUGCUGACUAUCCAGACUCAUGGAAUGUCAUUCAUAAAGAACGUCCAAGCUUUUCAACAGUUUGCGUCGGAAUUGGGACUUACGAAAAUUCUGACUCUAGUAUCGUGGUCCAAUUUACGGAUGAGCGAGUCUUUGACACAUUUAAACCGCGAAUUCUCCCAAUCGCUCGUUCGAAACUCUACACCUCUUUCUUCUUUGGAGCCUUGGAUUCACGAUGUAAAGGGUGAUGCUCUCAUUACCAUUAUCGAGUUGUAUGCUUUAGAGAGCCUUCGCGACCAGAAUUAUUGGUGCCACCUCUCUUUAGCUCUUGAAGUCUUGUUGCGCCGCCUCGAAGCCUUCGAAAUGCCACUACGUGAAAUUAGAUUUCUCGAAUUGAUGAACUCACUUAUAGGAAUUGGGUCUUUCUCGACGAGCUCAACAGUAUUCGAGUCCAAGUGCGAGUCAGUGUGUGCGCAGAUAAUCCUGUUCGGCUCUCGUGCUCAUGAUGGAUACCAAGAACAAGAGGAAAUCAACAUGUUGGCCUCUGACUUUUUCCUUUCUCUUAACGGAAGGCAAGUGCGGCUGGAGCUCUAUUUCUCUACCGUUAGAUCCUUAGAUUUCUCGUUGUCAGAUCUACAGAAUCGCCAUUCUGAUACGCCGAUGCCUUCACAAGUAUACAGAUCUUCAUUAGCCCAGAUCACUGCUUCUAUUUCUGAGUCAGAUUUAAUUGAGCGCUUCUCUCAAAAAACCGAGGAAAUAAAACGAAGCGUCACUUCACGCCCCAAUGCGCUGACAAUAGACUUUCAAUUUAGCUUCUGA